ACGUUGGGUCGUGGCGGUGGUGGUAGUGUCAAAGCGAUCCGAAUGUUUGGCAUACAAAAACCUUACGCGGUCAAAAGGUUUCGGAAACGAAAGCAAGGAGAAAGCAAAGAGCGCUAUUUUGAAAAAAUUUGCAAGGAGUUCCGCAUUGGAAGAUUGUGUUGCCAUGACAAUGUGAUUCAAGUGCUUGAUUUGAUAGAGAUUGGUCAGACAUUAUAUCAAAUCAUGGAAUAUAUACCAUUUAGCUUGCAUGCGUCCAUAGCGAGUGGUAAAAUGACAGCCGAAGAAAUCAACUGUUGCUGGCGUCAGCUACUUCAAGGCCUCCAGUACUUGCAUUCAAUAGGCAUUGCCCAUAGAGAUAUUAAGAUGGAUAAUCUAGUAAUAGAUGAAAAGGGAAUCGUCAAACUUGUAGAUUUUGGAUGCGCUGUGCCUUUCAAAAUCCCCAAGAAACCAAACGUUUAUAUGUCUUCAGGCGUGUCCGGUUCUAAUCCUUAUAUUCCUCCUGAGCAAUUUGCGAAUGCUUACUACAACCCAUGUCAAGGAGAUGUAUGGUCUUCUGCAAUCGUCUAUGUUACUAUGGUGACUCAUAAGUUUCCUUGGAUUGUUGCUCGCCCUGAAGAAGACUUGUCUUAUGCACGCUACUUGCGUGAAAACGGUAAACAUGUGUUUGUAAAAGCCUUGACAGAUAACUCAAAGCCUAUAAUAUUGAAAAUGCUGCGACCUGAUCCCGAAAAACGGUGUACCCUCAAAGACGUUAUGAAGAAUUCCUGGGUUUGCAGUGUCGAUACAUGUACUCGCCAUAAGCGAGCUUCCAGCCAUACGCAUAAUCUAUUCUAA